AUGGAGUACAAGCAAACAGGCAAGCGCAAGAACCGACUCAAUGAUGAAGAUACAGCAGCUCCACCACCGCGUGCAGUGCGUCAACGACCAGGACUCGAAGAGUCAAGCGCGCCGGAAAACAACUCGUCACGCCAAGAAGAAGACGAAGAAACGAAGGAUUCUGAUGAUUCAACACCGCCUGUGUUUUGGCGUGCGAGUGCAAAUGCCGUUGAAGCAGCAGUGGACUUAUCAGAGCCCUCAACAUUUGAAGCAGCAGUAAGCGGCCCUGACCAAGUGCACUGGAGAAAAGCAAUUCAUGCAGAGAUCGAGUCAAUGCGACUUCGCGGUGUGUUUCGUGCAGCCAAGCUGCCCAACGGACAACGCGCCAUUGGCACAAAAUGGGUGUUCAAGAUCAAGCGCAAGGCGGAUGGGUCAAUCGAGAAGUACAAGGCACGACUUGUGGCCAAGGGUUUCCGCCAAAAGUAUGGCAUCGACUACACGGAGACGUUUUCGCCUGUGGUCAAGUAUGUGACGCUGCGAAUGGUGAUCGCAAUUUCCAAGCAUUUUGGAUGGCCCAUCGACCAGCUUGAUGUGGUGACAGCUUUCCUGUAUGGCGUCAUGAAGGAACAAGUGUUCUGCGUGAUUCCUGAAGGCGUCGAACUUGACAGUACUUUCGACUGCCUGGAAUUGGUGAAGUCAAUUUACGGCCUCAAGCAAGCGUCGCGAGUGUGGAACGAGACGUUCGACGAGUAUGUGUGCUCCAUCGGAUUUCAAGUAUCGGACUUCGACCCAUGUCUCUACAUCAAGACUUCGGACGGCCAUUGCGUGUUUAUACUGGUCUACGUGGACGACGUCUUGGUGACUGGAAGCUCGCUCGAGCUGAUUGCACAAACCAAGAACGACCUGAAGACGCGGUUCGAGAUGACGGACAGCGGCAAGUGUGCGUUUGUUCUUGGGAUCGAGCUUUUGGACGAUGAAGAUGGCAGUGUGACACUAUGUCAGCGUCGGUAUGUCGAUGAUAUCCUCAAGCGCUUUAGCAUGGAUGAUUGCAAGGCAGUCGCAAGUCCAGUCGACAUGAGCUCUCGACUUGUUUCAAGUGAUGCAACUACCAAGGUCGAUGCUCCUUUUCGCGAAGCUGUUGGUUUGUUGAUGCACCUGACCACUGCAACGCGUCCGGACAUUGCGUUUGCUGUGGGCUAUGUGUCGCGGUUCAUGGAAAAUCCCCAAGAAGAACACUGGGUUGCAGUUAAGCGUAUCUUUCGCUACCUACGAGGCACCAAGACGCAUGGAAUUUGCUACAAGCCAAGUGCAAGGAUCGACUUCCGUGGAUAUUCGGAUGCGGAUUGGACUGGUGAUCUUACCGACCGCAAGUCAACAUCGGGGUACACGUUCAUGCCACUCGGUGCGCCAGUGAGUUGGGGCAGCAAGAAGUAG